CUCAGGUAAGAUGCUGCAUCAUGUCUCUCAUGCAUAGUCAUCAUCUUGUCCAUUCGUCCGCGCUGCUUGCCGUGAAACCAAUGAAGCCAUAGAAUCAUAUUUGGCAGCAGGUGAAGCAAAUAAGGCAUGGGAGAAGAGAUUGGCACAGAGACCCCGGAGAGAGAAGAAAAAAAAAAUCCGUGCUCCUCCUAGGCUGAAGCGUCCAAAUUGUCUCGACAAUACCCGCUGCUUCUUACCUUGUCCGUCCAAACUCUGAGCAUCAUUGCCAAGCAUUGGAUAUAUCUGAUUAAAGCCAACCACUAAUGGCCACAAUGUCAUCGCCAGCAGCCAAUGCCGACGAGCAUACACCGCUGCUCGACGGUGAUGUUCCCAAUGUACCAGUACCUGGUCAGCAGCCACCGCCGGCACAGUCGGACGGCGAUGAUGAAGUCACGGUGGUGCAGGACGAAAUGUCCAAAACAAAACUUUACUUCAUUCUGGGGACAUCAUAUGUGGGCGUCUUUUUGGGUGCAGUAGAUGGCACAAUAUUCGCGACCCUCUCAGGGCAAAUCUCGAGCGAGUUCAAGUCGCUGAGUCUCAUGUCAUGGCUGGCAACCGCUUACCUGAUCGCCAAUGCUGCCUUCCAGCCCAUCUCGGGCCGCAUGACUGACCUCUUCGGUCGCGGACCCGGUCUCGUCUUCAGCAACAUCAUGUUCGCGGCGGGUAACCUGAUCUGCGGUCUGGCGCAGACUGGUGAAAUAAUGAUCCUCGGCCGCGUGGUUGCCGGCAUCGGCGGCGGCGGGCUCAUGUCCAUCUCGACCUUCUUGGGGUCGGAUCUCAUCCCUCUGAGACAGCGCGGCGUUUUCCAAGGGAUUGGAAACGUCGCGUACGGCUCCGGUGCCAUGCUCGGUGGUGUCUUUGGCGGAUUCAUCAACGACAAGACGGCCUUGGGCUGGCGUCUUGCCUUCCUGGUCCAAGUGCCUGUUGUACUGAUCUCGGCUGCUCUUUGCUUUGCCCUGAUUCGAAUUCCGCCAAAGGUCUCCAACCGGUCGCUCAUCUCAAGGAUCGACUUCACCGGCGUCGCACUCACAAUCUCGUUCCUGGUGCUUUUGCUGCUGGGUCUGAACGCAGGAGGCAACCUGGUCCCGUGGUCGCACCCCCUCGUUCUGACCACUAUUCCAUUGUCGAUUGUCAUGUUUCUCGGGUUCAUCUGGUGGGAGUCCAGAACGCCACAGCCCGUCAUACCAGUUCGCCUGCUCGUUGACCGGACCAUACUUACGGCCUGCUUCACCAACCUCUUCUGCUCCAUGGCGAUUUUCAUGGUUAUUUUCUACAUUCCUCUCUACUUGCAGGUCCUCGGCUACACCACGGCCGACGCGGGGCUACGACUGAUCGGCACACCUAUAGGGACGGCCAUAUCGUCCGUCGUGGGCGGCUAUGCCAUGAAGAAGACGGGCAGGUACCUCGGGUUGGGCAUAAGCGUGCUGCUGAUCAAGGCCGUCGGGCUCGCGGUGAUCUGCACGCUGGGGAGGGACUCGAACAGCUGGACGCCCAUGGCCGGUCUCUUCCUGGUCGGCAUGGGCUACGGGGCCAUGCUGACCAUCACCAUGGUGGCUUGCGUGGCCGCGGUCGACCACUCGCAGCAGGCGGUGGUGACGUCGGCCACCUACGCCUUCCGCUCCAUCGGCUCGACCCUCGGCAUCACCGUCGCGUCGGCCAUCUACCAGAACGAGCUGCGCAGGGGUUUGUGGCAGCGCUUUGGUCACCUGCCGGGUGCGGCAGAGGAGAUUGGGCGCAUCAGGGACGACCUUGGCGAGCUCAAGAGGCUGCCGGACGGGUGGAAGGAUGGCGUCAUUGACUCCUUUAUGGAGGGCUUCUCCGGUGUUUGGUACAUGGCGCUCAGUCUCGGUCUGCUGGCCCUUGUGUGCAUCUCGCUCAUGAGACAGCACACGCUGCAUGAUACGCUGGCUCGGAAGUGAUUGAUUGGAUCACUGUCUUGCUUGUGUGACCACAAAGAGACCGCAUCACGGUCUAUCGCCAGUUUUUUUUUCUUUUUUUUUUCUUUUUUUUUUCCAACUCUCAACAUGACUGAUGCAAUUUCUCGGCUGAGCUCAAGUCUAGUAGUGCAUGACAAGAAGGAGAACCUCACAUGACUGUUUGUUCAUGAUUUCGCUCCAAAUUUCUUGCUACAAGCCUGGGCUGAGUAGGAGCCUGUUGCAAUCUAGACUGCAUCUAUUACUGCCGGAUUUGGGGUGAUUGAGUGCCUACCUUUCAACACACUUCCGCAAUGUUAUGCCAUGGGGAUUACUAGGGUACUGCUAAUUCAUCAAAAGCAACAACUGGGGAAAUCAUUGCAGGAGCAAUAAUGAGCACAUUAUAGGGUAAACAUAGAGUCAGUCACAAAAAAUGCAAUUCAGGCCUGAAGAAAUAUACUAAAAUAAAGCAGAAAAGAGAGUCAUAACGCAAACGUAAUAAAUGGUAUCUGA